CCGCUCCUUCUGGCGAGAGUUCCAUGGAUCUGCGCCCAUCCAACGCUCCCGCCACACCCUUGUCGCUGGCUUGGGUUCUGCUGGACGCUCUUCCGGUCCGCUCGGCGAGAGUCCGAGGACGACGCCGGCCUGCCUGCGCUAUAAAGCGGGGCGGCUGCCUCCGUCCUCGCUGCAUCGCCAUCACAGGCUCCUCAACACACGCACUCCUCCGCCAUGGCUUCCAUCCACGAACAACUCGAGACCAAGGGCUACGUCAUCAUCGACAACCUCAUCCCCGAGGACCUCUUCAACUCCCUCGUCGAGGCUGCCGAUCGUGUCAUCGCCAAGGGCCGCAACUCUGAGUGGCGCGAGAGACGCACCGUCGGCAAGCAGUUCCCUCCCUGGCCCAAGGACGAGGCCAUCUAUGACAUCUGGGCCAUCCAGCACGUCAUGCACCCCGAUCUCGGCGAGCCCGUCUUUGCCCAAUACUAUGCCUCCGAGCCCAUGCUGAAGACCAUCACUGAGCUCCUUGAGGUUCCCCGCGAUCAGCUGCAGCUUGAGCUCUUCAACCUGCUGAUCAACCCCGUCGACAACGAGUUUGCCCUCACUUGGCACCGCGACUGCAUCGAGGUCAACGUUUCCGAGGAAGUCGAGCAGGAGCGCCUCAAGAUCCCCCACUAUGGCACCCAGUGGAACACUGCCCUCUAUGACGACUCGUGCUUCAUCUUUGUCCCCGGCUCGCACAACCGCCUCCGCACCCCCGAGGAGCGCCGUGUCAACAUCGAGGAGCCCUACGGCCACAUGCCCGGCGAGGUUGUCCUCCACCUCAAGCCCGGCCAGACCGUCUUCUACAACAACAACCUCCUGCAUCGUGCUCACUACCCCAAGGGCGUCAAGCGUGCUUCUCUGCACGGCUCCAUGGGCAUCACCAGCGGCGGCCCCACCCGCGCCCAGAACAUCCUGCAACAUGGCCUCGACUGGAUCAAGUCCGACCGCUUCCGCGCCACCCUCCCCCCUGCCGCCCUCCCUCUGCACGACAACCUGCUCCGUCUUGCCGAGGCCCGCAAGGACGUCAAGCUCGAGUACGACCACCCCAACGACGGCUUUGCCGUCAAGAACGAGGCCUAAACUCUGCAAACUGCUGCUGUCAAGUCGAUUGUGAUCGGCCACUGGUAGGGUGCCUUCUGUGAGAAACAUAUCCAAUAUUUCCUGCGCAGGACCGGGCACAUAUGUAUUGAGUUUGUCGUGCACCAUACUGUGUCGGCCUGCUUCGUUUUGUUCAUAUACUCGCAAAUAUACGACUAUACACACAA